CGUCUCCACUCCUCUUCCCCAGGCUUCUUAACACCCUGGUGUGGGAAGCUGGCCCUUAGGUGAAGCUGGAAAGUCAGAUAAGGACCUGCAAUUGGAGCAAAGCUCCAUGAGUCACCACAGCUCCAGCAGUGGGUCAGAAAACACAGCAAAGACCAUGCUCUGGGGCUGUGAGCUCAGUCAGGAAAAGCAGACUUGCACCUUCAGACCCCAAGGGGAGAAGAAGGACAGGUGUAGGCUGUCGCUGAGUGCGAUCUGCUUGGGGGAGAAAGCCAAAGAGGAGGUGAAUCGUGUGGAAAUCCUGCCCUCCUCAAACCAGGAGGACAGAAAAUCACCAGUCACCAUUGCCUCAUUGAGGGCCUCUGUCCUGCCUAUGGUCACAUUGACAGGUGUGGAACUUAGACCUCCUGUGACUUUCCGGCUCCGGACUGGCUCAGGACCUGUGUUCCUCUGUGGCCAUGAAUGUUAUGAGACUUCAGACAUAUCCUGGGAAGACGACGAGGAAGAAGAGGUAGAAGAAGAGGAGGAAGAGGAAGACGAAGAUGAAGAUGUGGAUGUAUCACUAGAAGAGACACCUAUCAAACAAGUCAAAAGGACAGCUCCCCAAAAGCAGAUGAGCUUGGCUAAGAAAAAAAAGCUAGAAAAAGAAGAGGAGCAGGCUGUAAGGCCCAGCCCUCAGGACAAGAGCCCCUGGAAGAAGGUGAAAGCUACACCCAAACCUAAGAAGUCAACAUCCAAGAAGUGA